AUGGGCCUGAGUUCUUCCAAGGCGCACCCCAAAGUGACCAAGGUGGCACCGAUGUGUGCCAGGGAGGACCUGCCCGCUCUCACCACCCCAAACCAGCUCCCUGGCACGCCAGGACAGCCCAGCCUGCACCUGCCGGCCGUGGUGGAGUGGGGAAAUCCCACCUUCCACUGGGAACUUCCACCUCUCCGGGAGACCUGGCAUGGGAGAGCCUCUGCAGGGCCCCUUUCUUUCAACACUGUGACGGAAAAGGGAGAAACCAGCAUCAUUAAACAGCACCCGCCUCGAAGACCUCAAAGGCUUGGACCUGCUGGCCCUCUGCAAGCAAUCACUCCUGCAAAGCCCUGGAGUCAGCAAGAAGCGGCUGCAAGCCCAAAACCAAAGGUUCUGGAGAAGAGGGGACAAAGCCUGAGACAGCUCCCUGGCAGGCGGCAGCACUUGCACAAGCUGCAGAUGCUGGACCUGACCCGCAGGCGCCGAGAGGCAGAGCUGAAGCGAAAUCUCCACAGGGAGGCAAAAAUCAAUAAACAAAAAAUCAGGGAAUUCAGCCCAAAGAAAGUCCUUGACACUCUCCAGAGAGGCGACAGUGCCGAAAGCCGAGACCUCAUCCCUGCUGAGCACAAUCAAUGUUUUCAUGGAGACGACCGUGGAAACACGUGGGGUGAAGGACUCUCCAGGCAGCAUGAUGGGGAUGAACUCUCUCCAGGCAGGAGCAGGAAGGUUGACCUGUGGUUCUGCAAGGAGCCGCGGACGAGGGAUCUCUUCUGGGACACCUCCAGCACAGGGUCCGAAGAGUGGGAAAGGGAAGAGAAGAAGUUUUACCGCAAACCUACGCUUGUGAGAACCAAAACGGAGAGAGUUUCUCUCUUUGAUGACUUCUUUGAUAGGGAUUUCUAG